AUUAGGCGCCGAGGUUGGGAAAGGAAGUGAAGGUACCUGCAUGGGAAAACACUUUCGUUUGGGAUUCAUGACACUGCCUGCUCCUCAGGAUCGCCUGCCACAUCCCUGUGCCAGUGGCUUUUCUGUCAGGUCUCAGUCCCUUCACUCUGUUGGAGGUGGCGAUGAUGAAAGUCACACCUGUGCUCGCAAACAGCCACCUCCGAAACCCAAGCGAGAUCCAAGUACCAAGCUCAGUAUCUCAGCUGAAACUGUCAAUGUGGGAUUUGUAGCAACGUCAGCAACAGGAGGAAUACCAGGAGCAGGAGGGACACCAGGAGCAGCAGGAACACCAGGAGCAGGAGGUCUACCAGGAGCAGCAGGAACACCAGGAGGAGCAGGAGGGACACCAGGAGCAGCAGGAACACCAGGAGCAGGAGGGAUACCAGAAACAGGAGGAACAUCAGGAGCAGGAGGGACACCAGUGUCAACUGGAACAGCACUGAAAGAGCAAGACAAAAAUGCAGUUUCGACAAAACCCAGACCUCACAGCGAUGAAUAUGGGAGGAAGAUCCCACCUCCCAAACCCAGGCGUGACCCGAACACACAGCUCAGCACCUCCUUCGAUGAAACCUACAGCAUGAAGCAAGGCAGCAGGAAGACAACAGCUGGUGGGAGCAAAGAACCUGUCAGCUCAUGUCAGGGCAGUGAGGAAGAGGAGCCUGUCUACAUCGAAAUGGUUGGGAAUAUAUUACGGGAUGUUAAAAGGGACGAUGAUGAUCAAAGCGAAGCAGUUUAUGAAGAAAUGAAAUAUCCAAUGUUUGAUGAGGUGGCCCAAGGCCUCAAGUGGAUCAGUGCAGCCAAUGCUGAUCCUCAUUCUCAGUGUGCCACUCCUACUGUGCCUGACCUGGAAAUUACAAAGUCUUCAGUGCCAUCGACUCCAAAGGGCUUGUUUUGUGAGAUUCCACCUCCAUUUCCAAACCUGCUUCCUCAUCGCCCCCCUCUCCUGGUGUUUCCUCCUGCUCCCACACAGUGCUCCCCAGCCUCUGACGAGUCCCCUUUGACCCCACUCGAAGUUACAAAACUGCCAGUACUGGAAACAAGUAUAUCCUACAUCAAGCAGGCCGGUGCCUCACCUUCGUCCCUGCCAGCUCAGACAGCUGGAUACCAGAAAGUUGAGAAAGACCUGCCCCCUCCCCAUGGAAUAAGUGCAAGUGUCAGGCCCUCCUCUCCACCCCUCCCAUCAACACUUUACAGGACACCGUCACCUCAUAGUCUUCAAGGUCACUUUAGCCACUCCCUAUCCCCAUCUCCAGUCACCAUGGGGCGCUCCAUGACUCCUUUGGGUCUCAAAAGACCCCCACCCUAUGAGUCCAUCCAUCCAACACCAAGAUGUUCCUCCGCAGUGCCUCAGUCUACAUCGAAAGCCCCGAUACAGGAAGGAGGCAAAACGGGAAACUCUUCAACAUCUCACACUGGGGCCCGAUCUAGAACGCCGACCAGCCCCCUGGAAGAGCUCAGUUGUCUCUUUACCUCAGGAAGGAGUCUGCUGAGGAAAUCCGCCAGUGGCAGGAAAUCCAAGGAACUCAUGGAAAGUAAGUGAUCACUCA